AUGUUCGCCUCUCUCCCCCACACCCAGGCGCUCGCCAGCAGCUUCCGCCUCCCGCCCCAGUAUCGCCACCAGCCCGGCGCCGCCGUCCUCACCGUACCGGAGCUCUACGACUGGCACCUCGAUCACAACCCCGACCACACCCUGUUUCUCUACGACGACCCCGCGCGGGAUGAUCCUCCGCACGUCCGAACCAUCUCCAUGCACGACGCGGUGCGAGCGAUGCACAAGGCCGCGUUUCUCGUCUCUGAACUCGUCGCGGAUCCCCGCGGCCCUCCCGACGCGUCGAGCGGACCCAAACCGGUCAUUGCCGUGCUCGCCGCCACAGUUUGCACCUUCGUAGGCGUCCUCAUGACGGGCCACGCGAUCUUUCCGGUGUCGCCCCGAAACUCGCCCGUCGCGAUCGCUCACCUGCUUCGCAAGACGGGCGUGACGCACUUGCUCAUUGGCAGGGAGCCCGCGUUUCAGAGUCUGGACCUGUUCCCAACCGAACGCAUUUCGGAGGCCUCGAGCGACACCACAAGCGACUCCGGCUAUUCGAGCGUUGACAUCGAGAAUGCGCAGUACCGACGCUUCCCCAUUCCACGGCUGGACCUGGACCGACCGGCGUUUAUCCUUCACUCCUCCGGAUCCACAGCGUUCCCGAAGCCGGUGACCUACUCGCAUCAAGGACUGCUUGAGCUAUCAGUUAUUCCAUUCUACGGAGAUGCGGACCUCACGGACCUCAUCAUGGGAUGUCACUCUAUGCCCCUUUCGCACGGUAUGGGGAUGUUGCAAAUUGCCAUCGCGGCAUCAUGUGGCGUGCGCAUGUCGGUGUUCAAGCCUGCGUCGCCUGCAACGAUCCCCAACCCUAUCAAUGUUUGGGAGGGCACCGUCGCGAGUAAUACCGAGGUCGUCUGCUGCGUGCCGGCGUUCAUCGAAGCAUGGGCUCGAGACCCUCAGAAGGUGGAAUACAUGAAGAAGAUGAAGGGCGUGAUGUACGGCGGUGGGCCCCUCAACAAGGAAGUCGGCGAUUACCUCGCCGCAGAAGGUGUCACAGUGCUGGCCAACUACGGAAGCACGGAGUGCGGGGUCCUGAGCCGUUUUAUCCCCAAUUCUCUCGGGAAGGACUGGGAGUAUUUCGCCUUGUCUGCUCACACGCGCCCGCAUUUCGAGUCUUAUGCGGAUGGCGUCGUACAAUUAAUACUCACCGCAAGUUCACACGAGACUCAUCACCCUCGAGUCGUGAACACCCAGGUGGAUUCGCGUGAUGCGUUCGAUACGAAUGACCUGCUCAUACGGCACCCUGAUCCUACCAAAUCCGGAUUAUUCAAAGUAUUUGGAAGAGCCGACGAUCAGAUCAUGUUGUCGACCGGAGAAAAGACUAACCCAGGCCCUCUGGAGAGUAUUCUAAACCAGGAUCCCCAUAUUCAGGCUGCUGUCAUGUUUGGUCGUGGUCAAUUCCAGAACGGGGUCAUCGUCGACCCAAGGAAAGAAUAUGCGUUCGAUCCACUCGACAAGCGUUUGCUGGACGAUUUCCGCAGCACGAUUUGGCCAACCGUCGAGCGCAUGAAUGCGUUUGCCCCACAACAUUCCAGGCUGUUCAAGGAGAUGGUUCUCGUUGCGUCACCUUCCAAGCCGUUCACAUAUACUGGGAAAGGCACCCCUCGGCGACCGGCCAUUAUAGCUGCCUAUGAAGAUGAAAUCAAGGCAUUAUACUCCAGUGCACAGGCCUCCAUGUCGGCAGCAGCGCCGACGCCAAACCUCCGAACCAACCAGGACAUUCACUCGUUCGUCCGCCAGGUGGUCUCGUCCGUUCUCGGACAAGUCGUGGAGGACGAUGCCGAUAUCUUCCAGCACGGUUGUGACAGCCUUCAGGCAACAUGGAUCCGGGGGGCAUUGUGUCGCGGCCUCCGUCAGACCUCGGACGCCUAUGCGAGUCGAGUCUCUACAACUGCGGUGUUUGAGAACCCGUCCAUCGCCAAGCUCUCCUCCUUGGUUUACGCGAUCUUUCACGACCUGCCUCUCGGCACGGAUCCCACCUCGGCGAGAGUGCGAGCAAUGCACGAGAUGGUCCAGAAGUACUCCGCAUCCUUCCCUAAGCGACCGAUAGAGCGCCCCUUUCGUCGGAGCUCGGUGGGGCUCUCCGCUGACCAAUUCCCAACGGGCGAUGUGGUGCUGCUGACCGGGAGCACUGGCGGUUUAGGAUGCAACAUCCUCCACCAUCUGCUUGGCUCCAAGAAAGUGUCGCGCGUCUAUGCCCUGAAUCGCAAAUCGCAUUCUCGUGGGUCCGCGCCGAGUGCAGACAGUCUCCUGGAUAGGCAACGCGCCGCACUCGCCAAUCAGGGUCUGGACGAGAAGCUGGCCUCCUCGCCACGUUGCAUCCUCGUGGAGGCGGACCUGACAGCAGCACCGGGCUUCGGGAUCCCGCAUGAACUCUACGAUGAGAUGAGAUGCACGAUUACGCAUAUCGUACAUAAUGCUUGGGCCGUCAACUUCAAUCUCCCGCUAAGCUCGUUCGAGCCUAACGUUCUUGCAAUGCGGACACUGAUUGAUAUCGCGUUGUCGUCACCACGUCCUGAACCGCCUCGGCUUAUCUUCGUUAGCUCCGUUGGAGUGAUUCGUAACCCUGACGCAGGGGACCUGGUACCUGAAAGGCCCGUGGACAACGCCAUGCUGGCCGUUGGUGCCGGGUACAGCGAGAGCAAGUACGUAGCAGAGCAAGUCUUGGCUGCUGCUGCUCGUGACACCGCUCUUCGCCCUGUCAUCGUGCGUGCCGGUCAGCUGAGCAAUGGCCCAUCCGGAUAUUGGAAUGAACGUGAAUGGUUCCCUGCCCUUGUCAAGUCUAGUCUCGCGUUACGAUGCUUGCCUGAUGUUCAAGGACAUGUAUCAUGGGUCCCACUGGCUGCGGCGGCGGAAACGCUCGUCGAGAUGCGCAACGCUUCUCAACCCGUCCUACACCUCGCACAUCCUCGCCCCGUAACUUGGUCGGCGCUCCUCAAGCCGAUCGCCGAGGAUUUGGCUGUGCCCAUUGUACCCUACCGUGACUGGUUGGGUCGGCUAAAAGCUCAUGCUGUCGACGAUCAUGCUACCGGCGAUCAUCGCACCGCAGACAAGACCGCAGCCCAUCCAGCUGUUCAACUCCUGCAAUUCUUCCAGGAAGCCGCAGCGACGCCCGACCGCGAGCCUCUCGGAGUCCCUCGACUGGACACCUCCGAGGCCGUCCAGGUGUCAUCGUCGUUGAAGAAGCUUGCACCGCUGAAACCACAGGACGCACGUUUGUGGAUGAAGUCUUGGCGCGAACGAGGCUUCCUUCCGGCCUCCACCGAGGCGCCCACAGGGAAGAAGAGAAAGCUUUGAAUCUCCUGCGACGUAUCACGCCACUUCUUGUUUAUUUAUUCGCAGCAUUUCGGCGCGGAAGGGAUGACUUCCAAUGGAUCUCAUGACUGCAUGUAGACAUUUUAUAUUAGUUCACUAGAUGUACCAAUACACAAUCGAGAACGAAUCCAUACAAUCCGAGCAUUAUCCAAAGUACUCGUCGACUAGCGCCUUCUUCCGGAGGUUGAGGAGUAUCUCCUCCAUCUGUUCCCGGGACGGCAGCUUCGGAGGCAUGAGCUCAUCGGGGGAGAGGAACGAUAUGUAUGCAGCGGCCGCACGGGCGUGCGCAGCUGCUGCGACGUCAGCGGCAACGGUAUCGCCUGCCUGUGGUGGUUCUGUGUCGGUUUUCGCGCGUUUGUCGGAGUCCGCGGUGGUCAUGUCAACGUCGCCAUCUUCGUCCGGCGCUUUACGUUUUGUUUCCGUUGAUAAGGGCGGCGAACCGUCGGUUGGUGACACCACCGACGGAGCUUCUGGUCGCGGAAGCUUGGGUAUUGGCUCAUCUGAAGGCAAGCCAAGUACAGUGCGCAGGUUAUUGUACGCGUCCUCCCACUCUUCUUCCUCUGCGACCCGUUCGAACUCCAGUAGAGUUCCAUCGGUCUCGUCCAGAUCUCCGUAGUAAGCAGGGCCUUGGUUCAAAAACUUUUUAUAGAAGUUGAAGGCAAGGUUUUCCUCCUCUUCAUCUUUCUUCUUGCUCUCAAACAGCUCCUUCACACCAGGAAGUUCUUUGGCGCGACCGAAGUAUUUGUAUCCUUUCGUCCCUGGUACCUCCCUUCCGUCGUCAUCCAACAUGGCGACAUUUCUCCUAUAGUUGGCACCUCCAAGCGCAACGAUUUGGUUCUCCCAAUGCCUUUUCUCUCUGAGAAGCUUGUUGAUCUCGUCAUUGAGAUCUCGCACUUCGUAGUCGGAAAGACCGGCGUCCUGUAUCUUUGACACUUUCCGACUGAUCUCCCGGAGAAUCUCUCCUCGCCACCGCUCACAUUCCCGAAGACUUUUGCAGGCGCUGGCCAUCUUCGGUCUUCUGUCUGCGCGGGUGCCCAAACCCAGCUCAGCCGCUUGGGCUUCGCGGAAGCGAUACAGCAUAGAUUGCGCUUUUUCCUCAUUACGAGCCAUCGUGAACUAUGCG